CCCGCGCAUUCUCGAGCUAGGGUUUUUCAUUUGCAGAGAGCAAAGGGUUUUUCUCUCUGCCUCGCGCAUCUCAACUGCUCUGCAAAUUCCUUUUUCCCUCAUCAGAGUUCACCAUGAGCAACGACAAGGAGAGUUUCAACGUUGCGGAUCUCGCUUCCGCGCUCAACGACGAGGAUCGAGCUGGGCUUGUUAACGCCCUCAAGAACAAGCUCCAGAAUUUGGCGGGACAGCAUUCUGACGUUCUCGAGAACCUCCCUCCAGUUGUUAGGAAGCGCGUCGAAGUUCUCCGUGAAAUCCAGAGCCAGCACGACGAAUUCGAAGCAAAAUUCCUUGAGGAAAGGGCUGCACUCGAAGCCAAAUACCAGAAACUUUAUCAACCACUAUAUAGCAAGAGAUAUGAAAUUGUGAAUGGUGUUGUUGAAGUUGAAGGAGUUCCAAAAGAAACAGAAAAGAGCCAAGAAGAAGAUAAGGCUGGUGAAGAAAAAGGAGUGCCUGAUUUUUGGCUUAAUGCGAUGAAAAAUAAUGAAGUGCUAGCUGAGGAGAUUAACGAGCGUGAUGAAGGAGCUCUUAAAUAUCUCAAAGAUAUUAAGUGGUGCAGGAUAGAUGAUCCAAAAGGAUUCAAGCUGGAAUUCUUCUUUGAUACCAAUCCCUAUUUCAAGAACUCUGUUUUGACAAAGAUCUACCACAUGAUUGAUGAGGAUGAGCCAAUCUUAGAGAAAGCAAUGGGGACGGAGAUUGAAUGGUACCCAGGAAAAUGCCUGACACAGAAAAUUCUCAAAAAGAAGCCUAAGAAAGGAUCCAAGAACUCAAAGCCCGUAACUAAAACCGAGAAUUGUGAUAGCUUUUUCAACUUCUUUAAUCCACCUCAAGUGCCAGAGGACGACGAAGACAUUGAUGAAGACACUGCCGAGGAACUUCAGAACCUGAUGGAGCAAGAUUAUGACAUCGGGUCAACCAUCAGAGACAAGAUCAUCCCCCAUGCAGUGUCAUGGUUCACAGGAGAGGCUAUUCAAGGAGAUGAGUUCGGGGAUUUAGAUGAUGACGAAGAUGAAGGUGAUAUGGAUGAGGAUGAUGAAGAUGAUGAGGAAGAGGAAGAUGAAGAAGAGGAUGAGGAUGAGGACGAAGAUGAAGAUGAGAAGAAGAAGAAGACAAGAAAGAAGAAAGGUGGAAGAGCACAGGUCGGAGAAGGUCAACAAGGUGAGAGGCCUCCGGAAUGCAAGCAGCAGUGAUGUUUGCCAGAAUACAUUGGUGAGAGGCCUCCGGAAUGCAAGCAGCAGUGAUGUUUCCCAGAAUACAUUGGGAGGGGGAAAAUUUGUUUUCAUUUGUUUUCCGUCUUCUGUUGGCUUUGGGUUGGGGAGGGGGAAAUUACAAGUUUUGGGGUGGGCGGGGAAAUGUCAUAUUUUUGUUGGCUUGGAUGGGCGUAUCUGUCAUAUAGUCAAAGUAGUGUGCUAUGAUGAUGAUUUUAUCCAUGUUGUAAGUUUUACAGACUCUUUGAAAUACGAGUCAUUUUCUUCUUCUUUUUGUCAGUAACAUUGUCUCGUCGGGUACA